AUGAAAAGGCUCGUACAUAUGCAAAUAUUCUUCCUUUCAUUUAUCGUGUUUUGUUCGGGAAGUGAAUUAACUCGGUGUUGCAACUCGGGUGCAAGGUACUUUCGUAAAACGGCUACAUGCUCGGCAAUACCAACCGAAAGUGCGGCUGUUACAUGCACUCGUACUGCAUCCAUAUGUUGUCUGAGAGCAAUACUCGAUCAGGCUUGUGAUCAAGGCACUAAUAUGGCAAAAACCGAGGAGUUUUGUCCAUCCAAUCUCAAUCAGAUAGGUGGUGGUCUGCGAAAGGAGUGUUGCGACUGCUGCUUACUGGCGAAAGAUUUGAUCCAUCGAAAUGCUGAAUGCAUUGCUCCGAUUGGAUUCAGUGCGUAUUGUCUUCGAUCGUUCAACAGCUGCUGUCAGCGAAAACACGGAAUUUCAUUUCCACUCGUUAUCACAAAAUUGACUCUCUUAAACACUGUACUGAUCAUCAUGGCAAUGAUAAAACCGCCGAUUCCAGGUAGACCGGAUACAAUGCAUUUCUUUGGUGUUGGCGAUCGUUGUGCAACCUCGAAAUGUGAACACCUGUGCAGUGAUCGUGGUGGUGAUAGCGUUGAGUGCUCAUGUCGGGUUGGAUACGACCUGGGACCCGAUGGCACUUCAUGCAUAGACCGCGAUGAGUGUACUACGUCGUUUGAUGGUCCAACAAUGAUAUUGUCAACACCUUGUGAAGCGAACGAAACAUGUGAAAAUCUGCCUGGUGGAUACCGAUGUUAUUCACGUAAUCCAUCGAUGCUUAGCGACGGUACAAGACCAUUUCAAGUGAUCGAAGAGAGUAAUCUCCGCAAACGACAGCCUUAUAAUGUGGUACGGGAGCAACGUGGCAGACGACGAUGUGAACGUGGAUGGACAUUGAAUGAAUUUGGAGCUUGUGUUGGUGAGAUUAUUAGAGAUGUAGACGAAUGCGAGGAAAAUGCAUAUGUAUGUUUGGAUGCUAACAUGCAAUGUCUGAAUUCACCAGGUUCAUAUACAUGUGCCUGUCGACCAGGUUUUUACUGGAGUGAUGCUGGUUUCGCGUGUGUAGACAUAGACGAAUGCUUGUUGCUCGUGGAUGAUUGCUUGGAGAGUCAACGUUGCUUGAAUACGCCUGGAUCAUUCAAAUGUAUUCGAACGAUAUCGUGCGGUACCGGAUACGUCAUCGACAGCGAGAAUACCGAAGAAUGCAUUGACGUAGACGAGUGUACUCGAGGACUCCACGAUUGUGGUCCUCUUUAUGUAUGCCGAAAUACGCAGGGCAGUUAUCGAUGUGACCCCAAAAAGUGCGCUGCUCGAGAAGUAAUGAAUCCGAGGACUGGUGAAUGCACACAUGUUGACUGUCCGAUUGGAUUCUUGCCGAACAACGGCCGUUGUGAAGAUGUGAACGAAUGUGAAACGGUUGGUCGUUGUCGCCAGUACGAAGAGUGCAUCAAUACACCGGGUUCGUAUAGGUGCCAAGAGAAGGGGAAUCUCUGCACGAAUGGAUAUCGUAUGGAUCUGGAUACAGGAUUUUGUGUUGAUAUAAACGAAUGUGCUGAGGGUACUCAUCAGUGUGACGAUAAACAGUGCAUAAAUCUUCUUGGCACGUACAAAUGUCGGUGUUCAGCUGGUUACGAUUUCAAUGAAACGACAAUGCGAUGUGAGGAUAUUGAUGAGUGUAUGAAAUUUGCUGGGCAUGUUUGUUCAUUACAUGCGACAUGCGAGAAUACGAUUGGUUCAUUUGAAUGCCACUGUAAGGAAGGCUUCAAAAUCGCAAAGGAUGGACGGAACUGUGACGACAUUGACGAGUGUGAAUUGGGUAUAGCGAAAUGUGCACAGAAAUGCAUCAAUAUACCAGGCAGUUAUCAGUGUAUUUGCGAACGUGGCUAUCAGUUAGGCGCUGAUGGCAUCACUUGCGAGGAUAUUGACGAAUGCUCGCUUUGGGCUGGAUCUGGUGAUGAGCUUUGUAUGGGUGGUUGUACGAAUACACCAGGAUCGUACAUUUGCAAUUGCCCACUAGGAUAUGAAAUCCAAAAAGAUGCAAGAACUUGUAAAGGUUUGCCUCUAUAUUCAUUUCAUGUUUGCCUUCGA